GGUCGUAAAAGUCAGAGCAGCAAAGGGUAGAAGAUCAGAUUCGGUGAGAGAAACAAAAAAAAAACAAAAAAAAAUGGCGGAGGGACCUUUGGCUGGUGGUGUUUCGAACGUCGAGGGAAAUGCAAACAGUGCUGAGUACGAAAACCUUGCUCGGUUCGCUGUCGACGAGCACAACAGGAAAGAGAAUGCGUUGCUGCAGUUCAAGAAGAUUGUGAAUGUAAAACAGCAAGUGGUUGCAGGCGUUAUGUACUACAUCACUUUGGAGGCUUUAGAUGGUCACAAGACCAAGAUCUACGAAGCCAAGAUCUGGGUUCAACUUUGGGAGAAUUCCAGGAGCUUAGAGGAAUUCAAGCUUAUUGGUGAUGCUAAGUAGCUCAGUAAAGUAACAAAAAAUUAUGGGUAUGAUUGGAACAAAUGAAUUAUUUUGAGUGAAAUUUAUUUUAAAAUUUUGUUUUUGAUUUAGCUUUGAGAGAAUGAAAGUUCAAUAAUAAAAAUGAAAAGUUUUAACUCCAAAGGAAGUUCAAUUGUGUCAACUCUUGAAACUUUUUUGGAGUUGGAUUUUCUGGGUUUUUAUUCUCUCGUAACUAAAUCAAAUACAAAUUUUGAAAUAAAAUUUUUUAAAAAAAUCUAUUUGUUUCAACAAUAACAUGCAUCUCAAUGUUUUGUUGUAUGGUUGUUAAAAAAUUUAGAAGUUUCUUUUUAGAUAGAGUUAUGUGUGUUUGUAUGAAUCUCAAACAAUAUUGUUAGUGUUUCUCUAAUUUUCUCAUUAAAUGAAUUACUUUAAAAAAAUUUGUUAAUAUAAAUUAGAGGAACCAAAUAGUACUUGUUUUAGUGAAAGUUCGUUAUUACGUAAU